AUGGCGGCAACAUUUCACCGUUAUAUGAGUGGGCUCCUGGCCUUGGGCUUUCUUCACAUAAGCUGCGCCGCUGUUAUACACAAGCAGACGGAGCUGGUCCGUUUCCGAGUUCCAGAUGUCACCGCUGACUCCUUACACAACGUCCGAAUGGACUUCCUCGACUCGGACUUCCAAGGCGAGAUUCACCUCCUGUAUGGUGACUGUGAUCUCUCCAGUUCCAGCCAAAAGCACCAUGAGAUCGGAAGCAUGUUUGUGAAGCGCGACGCUCAUCCCGAGCGGUUCGUCUGGGCGACACCAUCGGAUGCUCCCCACCUGCAUUGUCUUCACGCGUUUUCGGGAUCAACAUUAGUUGGAAGAUCAACCCCAGUGUCUGUGGCCGCACCACUCGUACGGCGAGAGAGUAUUGCGGAUGUCGCCGAUGCGAUGGGGCCAUGGUUCGAUGGUAUCGCAUACAUGGAGGCGAAGGAGCCUGGCAAGGCCGUCGUGGCUCAAGCGAAGGACGCCUCCGUGGCGAUUAUCGGAGGAGGCAUGUCCGGCCUGUUGACCAGUCAUCUACUAGAGUCAGUCGGCAUACACAACUGGCACAUCAUUGAAUCCUCCGGCAGAAUAGGAGGCCGUAUCCGUACCGAAUACCUCAACAAUACACGCCCGGACCAGUACCAGUACCAGGAGAUGGGUCCGAUGCGGUUCCCCGUGAGCAUCACCUAUGCGGACACGAAUGAAACCCUCGAAAUUCAGGACCACAAGAUGGUUUUCCAGCUGGGCGAUGUGCUCAACAAGAUGAAUUCGGACACUCCCGAACUUGCUGUAAAUUUUAUUCCAUUCGUUCAGAACAGUCCGAAUGUGCCGGCUAGCACCGGUGGUAAUCGUUUGCCCAAUGGACUUAUUCCUACCGCGGCAGACGUAGCUGCGAAUUCAUCGCUUAACUACGAGGCAGCGUCUUCCAAUGCGACAGCUGCCGCAGAUGCAGUGCAAGCGUACACAGACUAUACUACUGCGGACAAGAUCACCCCAAAGAUCAUCGCCAACAUGUAUCAGGCACACAAGUCCGCUGUCGAAAGUGGAUAUUUCCACUGGUCAGAAGCGGGCUACUUGCGCUAUGCUCUCGGGUACAAUGACAACAUCACCGACUAUGUUGCUGGAACUGACGACACUCCGAUGUGGGAUAGUCUCUAUGAAGGCGUCUACUUCAGUGCCACCCAAUGGCGCACCAUUGACAAAGGACUUGAAUCGCUCCCACGUGCCUUUUGGCCACAUGUCGCGAAUAAGACAACCUUGAACCGCAAGAUCCAGGGGCUAUCCUUCAAUGAGACAUCCGGAAAGAUCGCUGUCAAUUGGCGCGACGAUCCAAUGCAACUAGAGCCGGAAAGUGCAGAAUAUGACUAUGCAGUUGUCUCUGCACCAUUUAGCAAGGUCCGGCUAUGGGAUAUGCCUCGCUAUUCAUCUCUUCUGAGUCGGGCUAUCUCCUCCAUGAAUUACGCCCAGUCUUGUAAGAUGUCACUGCUCUUCAAGACACGAUUCUGGGAACACCAGGAGAAGCCCAUCUUUGGAGGAUGCGGAUCCGUGGACUUAGCGGGAAUCGGGUCGGUUUGCUAUCCAUCCUUCAACAUUAACGGCACCGGGCCAGGCGUUGUCCUGGCAUCGUACGUCAGUGAUACUCCGGCACGGUCGGUCGCUGCCUUGAGCACUGAGGACCACGUUGCUCUGGUAAUGCGCUCUAUGGUCCAAAUUCAUGGUGACAUCGCCGCCGAACAAUACACUGGCAUCUAUGACCGCCAAUGCUGGGAAGUUGACGAGCAUCAGGCUGGUGCUUGGGCGGCUCCUGUUGUCGGACAGCAGGAGCUGUAUCUUCCUGCGUAUUACCAAACCGAAUCCAAGACAAUCUUUAUCGGCGAACAUACUAGUUACACUCAUGCCUGGAUUUUCUCGGCGUUGGACUCUGCCGUCCGUGGAACCACACAGCUCCUUCUUGACCUUGGCUUGGUGGAUGAAGCGAAAGAAAUUGUGAAUACUUGGAUGGGGCGGUGGAUCAAGGUUUAAGAUCCUUGUUGUUUCUUAGUAGCUCACAGUAUAUUAUUCCCAUACGUACAAUACAUAUGUUUCAGUAUGUAUCUAGCAAAUUAGCAAUGUAUUUCUUUGAUUCACCUUUACUACUUUUUUUUUUUUAUUGAUUAUUUGGAUUCCAAUCUUUUCCACAUAUUUUAAUGCCUUUUCUUUCC